GUGUCUCAUUCCAUGAUAAAAAAGAAACAGUAUUGUAAAUUCAUAGUUCACGAUGAGUGUGUUGCUACCAGAGUGUGUAUGCGUAUCCCGAAACUAGCGCAUUGUCUCCCGCCCCACCCGGUCGACCUUUCGCUAAACUGGACCACAAACAGCAGAGACGGUUGUGCAAUCCAGGAGGCCGACGAAAAUUGGGAGUGAAACGCGAUUCGACCGAAAACUUGUUUACAUCCACAGCCACCCCCUACCAGCGCGCGCGCUGCAAAGGGCUCGUCGGUCGUACGCCUGCUGUCUGCUGGCGAGAGUGAAACGGAGUGCGCCGGUCAUGUUGAGAUAGCAACAAACGACGAGGCUCGUCAUCAUUGCUUCCGUGUUGCCCUGCUUCGUGCCGUGCCGUGCGUGCACCCACACACCGCUCGAGCGCGAACCACCCAACCCAAACUGGUUGGCUCGAAAAGAGAGACAGAAAGUGAGGCGAAACGGACACGCCUCGGCAUCGGCAGGCUUCGCGGCGGUGGUUUCACUGGUAGUGUGGCAUUCAUUGUGCAACGGAACGGUCGCAACAGGCUUAAGUGUGUGCGCGCGCGCCUCCAGAGGAAUACAGUAAAAGGGAAACAUUCAACCCAGCGCAGAGUACGCGAUGAGUGAAAGGUAUGCCACGAUUGCAGAGCAGCUGGGCAAAUGGCAGCAGGGCCAUUUGCUGACGUUCUGGGACGAGCUGGCGGAACCGCAGCGGGCUGCCCUGCUCGAUUCGCUGGCCGACAGCGUCGACUGUGCCGCGCUCGAUGAAGCCUUCCGCCGUGCCAUGGCAACCGCCACGUCGACGAAGGAGGACUUGAACGAGCUGCUGAAACCGCUGGCGAGAGAAAGGUACCUCUCCGUUGCCGAGGCUACCGAGGUGGAGCUGGAAGACCUGCGGCAGGCGGGGCUGGAGCAGAUCCGCCAAGGGCGGGUCGGUGUAAUACUGCUGGCCGGUGGGCAGGGCACACGGCUCGGUUCCACCGCCCCGAAGGGCACGUACAAUGUGAACCUGCCGUCCGGCAAGUCGCUGUUUCAGCUGCAGGCCGAGCGGAUUCGGAAGCUGCAGCAGCUGGCGGGUGGCGAGGGCCGCAUCCGCUGGUACAUCAUGACCAGCGAGCACACGCACACGGAAACGCUCGACUACUUCAGGCAGCACCAGUACUUUGGCCUGCCGCCCGACCAGGUUCGCAUGUUCCGGCAGCGCAGCGUACCGUGCGUCGACUUCGAGGGUCGCAUUCUGCUGGACGAAAAGUGGAAGGUGGCCACGGCCCCGGACGGCAACGGGGGCAUCUAUCGGGCGCUCAAGGACGAAGGCAUCCUGGACGAGCUGGAGCGGGAGGGCGUCCUGUACCUGCACGCCCACAGCGUGGACAACAUUCUCAUCAAGGUGGCCGAUCCGGUUUUCGUCGGCUACUGCGUGCGCAAGGGGGCCGACUGCGGGGUGAAGGUGAUCGAGAAGGUGCAGCCGGACGAGGCGGUCGGCGUGGUGUGCGAAGUGAAAGGCAAGUAUCAAGUGGUCGAGUACAGCGAGCUGUCGAGCGAAACGGCCAACCGCCGCAAUCCGACCGACGGCAAGCUCACGUUCAACGCGGGCAACAUUUGCAACCACUUCUUCACCAGCGCGUUUCUGCGGCGGAUCGCCGAAACGACAAUGCCACUGCACGUGGCCAAAAAGAAGAUCCCGUACGUGGACGUGGCGACUGGCGAGCGGCUCAAGCCGACCGCGCCGAACGGCAUCAAGAUGGAAAAGUUCAUCUUUGACGUGUUUCCGCUGGCGGAACGGUUCGUGGCGCUCGAGGGCCGCCGCGAGGAAGAGUUCAGUGCCCUCAAGAACGCCGACACGGCCGGCAUCGACUGUCCGUCCAGCGUGCGGGGCGAUAUCUACCGACUGCACCGGAAGUGGCUUAUCAAGGCGGGCGCUACCGAGGUGCUUGAUGCUGCCGAUGCAUCGUUCGAUUGCGAAAUUUCUCCGCUCUUAUCGUACGCGGGCGAAGGUCUGGAGACGGCGGCCGCCGGUCAAAGCUUUCGCUGCCCGGUCCAUCUGACCGGGGCCGAUGAGCGAGAGCAGCACUAGACAAGAGACGAGCUAAAAAUAAUGCCCCGAUGCAAUUGGCUCACACCAGAUAGAGGAGAUACGAUCGACAAUGAUGCUGCUGCUGCGCCCCCUGCGCUUGGCCUGCUGCGAUGGCGAUAAUAAAUCGAAGCUGUUCCCGCCCCGCCGCUCGCGUGCAAUAUAACCGAAGGAGCAGACACUAUCAAUCGCCUUUCCAACUCGAAUUAUCUCUUUGCUUUGCGGGGGGUCAUUAAACGUGUUUUGUUCGGGGCACAGUCGGAAGAUGCAGUCGAACAGAGCAGCGUGUAAUUGCGUUUCUUGGCAUCAUCAUAGCAGCGCUACACUUUUGCUCAAACGUCCCGAGGCUUGUUGUUUUGGAGGAGCUUUGCCUCCAAGUGGUAGGAGUUUAGGCUGAUCUGUAAAAAAAAAACACACAUUAUGAAUCUUUUUGGUAGUACCAAUUCGUCAAAAGUCCCCUCUUUCGAACGUCGUUUGAAGCGCGUCCAAUUUACAACGUAUCUCAGUUAACUCGAUUAUUUUCAAUGUUCGCGGCACCAUUGCGUAGGUGUGUGUGUGUGUCGAGGAGUUAUUAUUUGCCUAGCAAAGUAAGCGUCGUACGGAAGAUAAUGAAGACGGGUGGGGUGGAGCUCGGUUCUUGACUACCCGUUGCCGUAGCGAGAACAGGGUGACCCGGCCACCAAAACAUUCCGUAUGGCUGUUUAAAAACCAACCUUUCCGGGGAGGAAACAACACACAUUCUACACAUGGCCCUCCCCUUUCCCUGGUUAGAGAUGCAAUAUGUGGAUGAAGUGUCUAUGUGUGUAUGUGUGUAUGUGUGUGGCCAAUGAUCCCCCGUGUCUGAAGAGCAUCACGCGUUUAACGUUAAUCAUCACAAGUAAUUGUUUACCCGCUGUUUGUGUAGCAGGCAGGCUUAUCUUUUACCAUUUCUACGCCGCAAUGUGUAAUCCCUAUUUGUUAUCUUGUUUAGUUAUCAAUACUGUAGCUGCGUGCGCGGAUAUGUCUUUUAGCCGCCGCUUUCCUUAGCGCGAAGGAUGAUCGAAUGAGAUUUCUUUUAAAAUUUUAGUCCACAUUCUAUUGUAGCGUAACGCUACAUACUUAAGCAACGUGUUAUAUUUUCGUUUAAGUUGUGUAUUAGAUCAAUUGUAUGAUUUUAAAAAAGCAAUAUAAUAUAUACGAAUAAACCAUUCUUUCAAGCAAA